CUCAUAGAAUUAGGCGGGUUUGUUUCCCAGUAAAAGGCCUGUGGUCCGAUGCAUUUAGGCAAAAGCAACACUCCCUGGUUACGCCCAGACACUUCUAGAUUUGCACUGGGCAGCCUGCUUUUAGAUCAAACCAGAGCAAAUCCAAUUUCCUAGACGCAUUCAAACGAAAAGAGAGCAGGACAACGCGAGAGCCCUGAUUAACAGUUACCCAAUCGUAAAUUCGACGCACUGCAUAGCAAGAUACAGGAACAGAAACGACAGCUGUCCUGCAACUGCCAAAGGCGAGCUCUCCACCACCACCAUCUCCCACCCCAGCCCCGCUGACUUGCCCUGCGUGUCUUAAAGAAAACAUUUUCUUCUCCCCACAAAAUGACCCUUUCCUGCGGAGCCCCGCUGCCUUCGUGAGCCCAACCAACGCGGGAAGAGAGGGACACCCAGGAGGGAAGCAUCUCGCUUGGAGAACAGCGCUGGCUUGCUUGCUUUCCCCGCCUCUCUUCCACGGCCAGGCCGCGUCUUGGCCCUGCCCAUGGCGAUUCCCAUGGCAACGCCGAGACGCUCUGGGUGAUGCUGGCAUGGCAGCCAAGGAGAAAGAGAAGGCCAAGGAGAAAGAGCAGCGGGAGAGUGUCCUUAUAACGGUGCCUGCUGCUCUGUCUGGGCAGGAAGAAGACAUAAUUACUAAAGAUGAAGAAGCAAUGGCUUGGAAAUUUCUUUCUCUUGAUGAAAUUACAAUUCUGUUGGAAAAAGAUAUACUAGGAGUUCAAAGGCUAUACAGUAAGACUCCUGUAUUUGUGGGAUCAGUAUGUGUGGUUUCAGUUAUCCAUGGUCUGAAACAUAUGGAUUAUUACGUCUCAGGAUUCUGUUGGGCCAAAGCAUUAGAAUUCACACCUGUGCAACUUGGAGGAUUCCUGACUCUGUUAAAUUUGCUGUUGGAGAACCUUGAAACCCAGCAUAUGCCACUGGAAGACAACAUCCAAGAACUGGGACGUACAAUGGCUGGAAUAGGACAAUGUAAUUCAGAAAAAAGUGGUGGGUUUGAGUUCUUCACUGUAGACCAAGCCAAGGCCAUAAUCAAUUAUUUGAAGAUCAGCAUAUUUCAACAUUAUACCCUAUAUGAGUACCUUUUCCACAGUCCUAGAGAAGAACUUGUGAUUGGAGAUGAGAAUGUUGUAGAACUUGUCAAGCCUGCAGAUCUCCCUUUCCCUGCACCCUUGGAAGAGGGUCUGCCUUACGAUAUUUACUCUAGAUUUAUUGCAUUGGUUCCAGGGAAAGAGGAUGCAGCCAAGGAAAUAGAUGGAGGUAUUCAUCCAGAAGAGGAGGUGGAAGCCGAACCUGUGAAAGAUCCUUUGGUGGGUUACACCAUCGAUGAUGUUCAAUCAGUGCUAGGUGAAAUCACCAGUGAAAUGAUCAGCAACAUUCAGUCUGAGAUAAAUGAAAAGCUACAAAUGCAGGAAGAGACCUAUUCUGCAAGAAUAGAGAAGCUGAAGAAGGUCUGAAAAAAAACAUGUGCAAGCAGAAUGAUGAUGGUGCUGUAUGCAGAUUAUUUAUGUGCAUUUUAUUUAUCAGAUUCAACAUAACUGAGCUGAUGUCUCAUCAUGAGAUAAAAAGCGUUGUUCUGAAGUCCCUAAUAUGGCAUCUUUCUAUUUAGUUGUCAUGUACAUACAUAUAUUAUAAGCAUUAUAUCAAAACAAGAUAGUGAAGAAAAAGCAUUAAAACUUAAUUUUCCAUUAAAACAAUCGCUUGGUUUUGUUUCCUUGUUAAAUAUAAGCAUUGUUAGAUUUUUGAUACCACCCCCCCCCAACUAUUGUGUUGGCGAAAGACAAGCAGAGUAUGUGUGGAUAUAAAGAUUCUAACUUGUUAGCAGCAAUAAACUUUAUUCUGCUGCAUUGCUUCUGAAACUUAAUCAUCUCAGCUUCAGACAGCAACCUUGCAGAAUCUUACAACCACUUUUUUUUUAAUCUUUGGGCAGGGGUCAUAAACUAACACCUCCUUAGUUGUGAUCUCCUUUUCUUGUGAUUUAGGAGCUUCUCUUCUGUUCUUUUUCAUCUAUUUGCUCAGAGAUAUCCAGACAUGUCAUGCCUAAGGCAGUCUUCAGCUUGCACCUCUGGAGUG